GCCUUCGUUCCUCCAAUGCAUCUUCUCGACAACUUACAUCAUGCUAGGAUUAUUCCUCAUCGUUAUUUCUGAUGAAAAAUCGGAUGCAAUGAAUGGAGCUACUUACUUGUACGGCGCAUCCAUCCAAAUAACUUUUCUUUCUAUCUUCGGUCAAUUAUUGACUAACAAAUUUGAGAGCCUGAGUGAGGCCGUUUACGAAAUGCCCUGGUAUUUGGAAAACAGGAAAAGUUUCUCGAUGACCAUCAUCUUACUACAAAUGAAGCUCCGGCAGCCAGUAAAAAUCUCCGCCGGUAAAUUCUUCGACUUAUCGCAUGCGACGUACGCGACAAUCGUCCACUCUUCUUUUACCUAUUUCACCGUCCUCAGAGAAGUCACAGGCAACAAUUAAAUACGCAGCGAUAUGAAACUGCACUUUGGGCACUUUCAUUAAGUUCGCAACUUGAAAAUGAAUAACCAUUAAUUACUUUCAGUUUCCUGGGA